UACAUUUCAAUUUAACAACUAAAGCCGCGGAAAAGGUUCUUUGCGUUGUGUUGCGUUGCAGUAGUGAGGUACGAUGAUUUGAUUUUGAUUUGGAUGGUUGCGCCAGAGGAAUAAUUAAUAACACUAAUAGGAUAGGUUUGUGGGGAAAAUUGGAAGCAUCGAUCGGAAAAUGCAAUCCUUAUCGUUAAGUAUGAGUCUGAGGAGUAGUAGUUUAGCGAAUUUUCUGUUGCUGAGUUCAGAGACGAGAGUGAGAAGAAGAAGAAGGAGUGUCAUCGUAGCGUGUGCUUUGGAGGGAGACAGUGGUAGCAGUAGCACAAGCUCCUUUCUCUCUCGGACCCAAACCUACGCCCUUCUUAAGCAACAAUUGCAAGUGGCUGCUAAAUCUGAGGAUUACAAGGAAGCAGCUAGAAUUCGAGACUCGUUGAAGCAAUUUGAGGACGAGGAGCCUGUUUUGCGUCUGAGGAGACUAUUGAAGGAAGCAAUUGCUGAAGAGAGAUUCCAGGAUGCUGCUAGUUACCGUGAUGAGCUAAACAAUAUUGCCCCACACUCUCUUUUAAAAUGUUGCAGCGAUGCUACAACAUUGGGAAUCAGGGUUCAAGUUAGGAGUGUAUAUAUAGAGGGCAGAAGUCAGCCUUCAAAGGGGCUAUACUUCUUUGCAUAUAGAAUAAGAAUUACCAAUAACUCAGACCACCCUGUUCAACUUCUUAGAAGGCAUUGGAUUAUAACUGAUGCUAAUGGGAGAACGGAAAAUGUCUGGGGAAUUGGAGUUGUUGGUGAACAGCCAUUAAUACUUCCUGGAAAUAGUUUUGAAUACUCUUCAGCAUGCCCACUGAACACACCAAAUGGUAGAAUGGAAGGUGAUUAUGAGAUGAUCCAUUUUGAAAGAGUAGGCUCACGAUCAUUCAAUGUGGCCAUUGCCCCGUUUUCUCUCUCUCUGCUUGGAGAUGAUGAAGGUUGUGUUAUUUGAAAUUGAACUGCUGCAUCACUUCUGCGACAUGUAAAUUAUUAUCAUUCUCAUCACCAUUCCGAAGUAUUAAAGCAGGCUAUUUGCUUUAUUAAGUGUAAAAUAUCUGAAUGUUACGACCAAAAAUGAUCAGCAUACAUUUGUAUUUUAUUGAAAUCAAGAAAGAAAUCAAUAUCAAUAUUUGUAGAAACCAAUAGCAGAAUUGAAUCAAUUGAUAAGGUAGUUUAACUGC